GUGUGUGGCUAACAUUAACACUCCUGCCCAGCCGCUGGACAACAACAGCUCGCCUGCACCAAGGAAGCGCUUGUGUGUGUUGUAAUAUCCUCCCUCAUACUUACAAAAAUAACCUUGUACUCACACCAGCAAGGUAACAUUUACAAGAGAAACGUAAUAAACACUGGAAUAAUAAUGCUGCAGGAGGACGACUAUGACUCGGACACAAGUGAUGACGACUUUGUACCUCAAGGAGUGGAGAGUGAUGAAGAACCAGUGAGUGGUGAGGAAGAUGAGGGCGACGAGGCAGAAGAUGAUUGUGAUGCCAGUGUUAACGAUAAAGGCAAGAAAAAGAAAAAGCUGAAGAAGGGAAAAGUUGUUGUGGAGAAAGAACAGGAAAAAGACAAACCUAAGAAUGAAGAAAAAGAAAAGAAGAAAGCAGAUGAUAUUUGGGCUGAUUUUCUGGCAGAUGUUGAAGAAAAACCAACACCUCCACCCAAGCCUAAUGAUUCUAGUUGGGCAGCUGUGAUGGGACACAAGAAGUCUCCCAGUAGCUCAAAUGCAUUGUCCAAACCAGAAGCCUCUUCUGCUAAGAGUGAGAAGAAGGACAAGGAAGAUGGUGGGAAAAAGUCAAAUACCGUCAAGAUCACUCAGGUCUUUGAAUUUGCCGGAGAAGAAGUAAGAGUGGAGAAAGAAGUAGAAGCUGACUCAGUUGAGGCAAAGGCAGCCCUCAUUUCUCCUCCUGAGACAAGUACUGCAAGUGAAGCAAAAUCUCCUUCAGGCUUACAAGGAAAGAAGCGUCCUGUUGGACUCUCAAGUAUUGUUGGUCUCUUAGACAAUAAGAAGCAGAAACUCACCACUUUAGAGAAAACUAAGCUGGACUGGAACAGCUUUAAGACCCAUGAGGGCAUAGAUGAAGACCUUGAGCAACACAAGAAGAGCAAACAUGGGUACUUAGACAAACAAGCAUUCUUGGAGAGGGCUGAUCUGAGACAAUUUGAAAUCGAACGCACCAUGAGAAUGAAGAAACGGUCAAACAGAUGAGAAGGAUAUUCUGAAAAAUUGAAUGGUGCUUCUCGUGUUGGGUGCAGAACUACGGGCACACAAGUUGGUUGACAGUAAUGCCCUCUUUUUAAGAAUUGGUAUGAAAAUUUGAAAAAUACACAAUUUGUUAGAAAUAUUGGAAAAUUUCAAUGAUGGGGCUCGAAAUAAGGUGAUUGAAGACUAACUUAUCUUCUCUUUAACAUCUAACCCCUUGUGUAUGGAGGUCACCUCUGAGCUGAAUAAAAUUGUCUGGCAUUAGCCAAAUAAAAUAUUAAAGGUGACAUUCCCAUAGUUAAGGGGUUAAGCUUGUGCGAUGUCAUGGCAUUUACUGUAUGUAUACAGUGUUUACAUUGCAUUAUCUUCUUUAAUUAACUCUUCUUUGUUGAAGUGGGUAUUUUGACCAUUCUGUAAUACUGUACUGUAUAUGUUGCUCCACUAUGUUCGAUAACGUGUCAGUAGUUUAUUUAUUUUAGUUCAAACAUAAUUCACCAGUCACAGAAUAAGUUCAUUUUGCAAUCGUAUCAUUCCUGCUUUCAUAGAAAAUUUUUUUAUAUAUAUAAUUUUGUAAUAAAUAUUCAACCAGAA